ACUUUAAAUUUUAAACUUAAUUCUAGAGUUGAUUUUUGACUUUUUUUUUUCUCCCGGGACGGUGAGGAAGCCAGCCCACUUUGACGGUUUGACCUCACGCCGGCGUGCGGCCGUGGCGUGGGCAGCAAGCCCCGAUCCCGCCGCCAGCCAGACCAGCCCCUCCCCUCUUUCCCCAAUUCCGCCUCCGCCUUCCAGAUCCCACCCCGAUCGCCAUGGCGUCCUCGCGCCUCCUCUCCUCCCGCCGCCUCCUCUCCGCCCUCCUCCACGCGCCCGGCCCAACCCCACGCGCCGCCGCCUCGGCCGUUGAAGAUGGGACCCCCCUGGCCUCGCUCCUCCGCCCGUCCCGGUUCCUCUCCUCCGCGGCGCGGCGCGGGCCGGCGCGGCAGCGGCCGGCGGACAUCGGGGCGCGGGCGCGGCAACUGCAGAGCCGGCGGCUCUGGACGUACGCGCUCACCUUCGGCUGCGCGGCCGGGUUCGUGGUCACCGUGCUCGCCACGUUCCAGGACCAGCUCGUCUUCUACCUCACCCCGACCGACGCGCUCGCGCGCUACGCCGCCGACCGCACCAAGUCCCGCGUCCGCCUCGGCGGCCUCGUCCUCGAGGGCUCCGUCGCGCACCCCUCCGCAUCCUCCUCCGAGAUCGAGUUCGUCGUCACCGACCUCAUCACCGACGUCCUCGUCCGCUACGAGGGCGCGCUCCCCGACCUCUUCCGCGAGGGCCACUCCGUCGUCGUCGAGGGCUUCCUCAAGCCCUUCACCGACGACCUCCGCCGCGACACCGCCGGGAGGAGGGUUUCGGAUAAGGCCCGGGAGUGCGAGUGCUUCUUCAGCGCCACCGAGGUGCUCGCCAAGCACGACGAGAAGUACAUGCCCAAGGAGGUCGGCGAGGCGCUCGAGCGCAACAAGAAGAAGCUCGAGGCGGAGGCCGCCGCCGCUGCCGAGGGUACAGCGACGGCCGCGAUAGCUUUGGAUGGAGCCAAGGCCAGCUCAUAAGGUUUUGCACUCUGCUUUAAGAUCUAGAUUUAAGUUCGUAUUCACUGAGGCACGGAUAGAUUUGAUUGCCCACAUGAAUUCGUGGGAUUUCAGAUGAGUGAUUCAAUUGAAGUUGUUGUAAUUCUAGUAAUACUAUUGAGCACGGGGCAAAGGAAAUUUUGCCAGGGGAAAGAAUAAUGACUAGGUGACGGUUGAACACAGUUAUACGUAUUCUUUCUGAAGUUAUAGUAUUGUUAUAGUCCUGUCACUGAGUAGUUUGGGUUUGCGUAAUGAUAUCAAUUUUGAGCAAGUUUUUGUCAGAUCAGACAUUUCCGGCUAAUCCAACCUCACAUUUUCAUGUAAUCAUGUGAUUAUAGCUUUGCCUGUAUUUGCCUGCUCUUAUCACAACUUGGAUUUUGUCAUUAAUUAUUAUAUUUUCAUUUA